GUGGAUUCAAGUCUAGCGCCUUAGACCACUCGGCCAACGCAUCAUUGUCAAGCCAGUGAAAUAUUAGAAAUUAUACAGGGCUACCUCCCCUAGCGUCGAUCUUCUACAUUGUCACAACGUGGCUCCAACAUCUGAGUACUACAAGUUCGCGAAAGAGGACAAACAAACCCUGAAAGACCGGACUACUUGAGCUAUUGGUGUAUCAUGGACUAAGGCUGCUCCCACAAGUUGUUCAAAGUACGAACAAUUUGACAUAGAACCCCCCCACCACGACAUCAUCUCGAGCCCCACACGAUAGUCAUCCUCGUUUGCAUCCAGUCUUCACUUUACCACUGAACCCAAGUCCCUCCUCCUCAUUAGCUCUACGCAAGGCGAGAAAAGAUCUUACGCUCCAAACUGACGAUCAAACACCAUGGCCAAAACGUUCAUCAUCACCGGCGCGAGCAAAGGCAUCGGACUCGCCGUGACCAAACGCCUGCUCUCCCAAUCACACAACGUGGUGCUUGCCGCACGCUCAGCCGACCUACUUGAGAACAUCAAGGCGCAGUCACCCAAGCAAGUCGAAUAUGUAGCUGGUGACAUGACCGACGAGACUAUCCCAGAGAAACUGGUCACUCUGGCCGUUGAGAAGUUUGGCGGCUUGAACGGUGUGGUCAUCAAUCACGGUGUCCUGAAUCCCAAGAAGAUGGCAGACUCGUCACUGGUAGACCUCAAACAUGUGUACAACGUGAAUGUAUUCAGCAACUUCACUAUGGCCAAGGCUGCACUUGCAGAGCUACGAAAGUCCAAGGGCUGCCUGAUCUGGGUCUCGAGCGGCGCGUCUACCAAGGCCUACGAGGGCUGGGGUGCCUACGGGUCGUCAAAGUCCUCGGUUAACGCACUCUCCACGCACAUUGCUCUAGAAGAGCCGGAUAUUACGUCCCUAGCACUGGCGCCGGGCCGCGUCGACACCGACAUGCAGGCCGCACUACGAUCCGAGGGCAAGGACACCAUGGGUAAGGCCGUGUACGACGAUUUCGUCGACGCAUACAACACGGGCGCCCUGCUCAAGCCCGAGCAGCCUGGGAAUGUGAUUGCGGCAUUUGUGGCCAACCCGGACAACGACCUGAGUGGCAAGUUGGUGAAAUGGAAUGGCGAGGAGAUGGCUGCCUUUCAGCAGUAGUAGAGGUCUGUCUUUCCACACGCGUUAGCAGCUGCUUUAUCCAAGUGAUGGAAAUAGAAACGUGAAAGGGAGUGUUGCAAGUCAGUCGAAAGAUGAAAAGCUCUUAUUUAUAUCCACAUGGGUGCGUUCGGUAUUAGCAUGGAAUAAGUUGUAUCAUCAUGCAAAUGGUGGGUGAUUCUGUAGGAAAACGCGCGCAAGGUCUUACCUAUCAAUCAUGCAUCACAGUGCUUGGAAAUCAAAACACCAUGUUCUGCAAAAGACUUGACCGCGUUAGCGACGUCAAGACUCGAGUUGCAAAGUGUGCAUGCACGAUGUUGUCGCUCAGGCUAUCGUUUUUCUCC